AUGACAGAUGCAGGAUCGUUGGGGGAAGAAAAUGUGAAUGUGGCCUCUGAAGGCCCAAAGCUGGACUUCAAAAUAAGUGACCACCAACAGGUUAAAAGAAUACAACUCCUGGUGAAGGGAUGUGAAAAGGUGAAGAUGAUAGUAGAGGAAAGAUCACCCUUAUCUACAGAGACCAAAUGGAAAGACCGAGCAGAAACAGUGAUCAUUGGUGGUGGCUGCGUUGGUGUGAGUCUGGCUUAUCAUUUGGCCAAAGCAGGGAUGAAGGACGUGGUCCUUCUGGAGAAAUCAGAGCUCACCGCUGGAUCUACCUGGCACGCAGCAGGUUUAACAACUUACUUCCACCCUGGAAUAAACUUGAAGAAGAUACAUUAUGAUAGCAUCAAACUUUAUGAAACACUGGAAGAAGAAACAGGACAGGUGGUGGGAUUCCAUCAGCCGGGUAGUAUCCGAAUUGCUACCACUCCUGUAAGGGUAGAUGAAUUUAAAUAUCAAAUGACUCGGACUGGCUGGCAUGCAACGGAACAGUAUAUUAUUGAACCAGAGAAAAUCCAGGAGAUGUUCCCUUUACUCAACAUGAACAAGAUUUUGGCUGGACUCUACAAUCCUGGAGACGGUCACAUCGAUCCUUACUCGCUAACUAUGGCCCUGGCUGCCGGUGCUAGGAAAUACGGUGCCCUUUUAAAAUAUCCUGCUCCAGUGACUUCUUUGAAACCCAGGCUGGAUGGAACAUGGGAGGUUGACACUCCACAAGGCUCCUUGAGAGCAAAUCGAGUUGUGAAUGCUGCAGGGUUUUGGGCUCGUGAAGUUGGUAAAAUGAUUGGACUGGAGCAUCCUCUCGUUCCGGUUCAACACCAGUAUGUUGUUACCUCAACUAUCCCUGAAGUGAAAGCUCUGAAACGAGAGCUCCCCGUGCUUCGUGACCUGGAAGGAUCUUAUUACCUCCGACAGGAGAGGGAUGGGCUUCUGUUUGGUCCUUAUGAAAGUCAGGAGAAAAUGCAACUUCAGGACUCCUGGGUCACCGGUGGAGUCCCUCCAGGUUUUGGAAAGGAACUCUUCGAGUCUGAUCUUGACCGAAUCAUGGAGCAUGUUGAAGCUGCUAUGGAGACGGUGCCUGUCUUGAAAACGGCCGACAUCAUCAAUAUUGUCAAUGGUCCUAUCACUUAUUCUCCUGAUAUUCUUCCCAUGGUGGGGCCCCACCAGGGGGUCAGAAACUACUGGGUGGCUAUAGGCUUUGGAUACGGCAUCAUCCAUGCUGGUGGAGUGGGGAAGUACCUCAGUGAGUGGAUCUUGCACGGAGAACCUCCCUUUGACCUGAUAGAACUGGACCCCAAUCGCUAUGGAAAAUGGACAACCACUCAAUACACCGAGGCCAAAGCAAGAGAGUCCUAUGGACUCAACAAUAUUGUUGGUUAUCCUAAAGAAGAGCGGUUUGCCGGGAGGCCGACAACGCGUGUCAGCGGGCUCUACACAGCCCUGAAGUCGAGGUGCUCCAUGGGCUUCCACGCGGGCUGGGAGCAGCCACACUGGUUCUACAGACCUGGGCAAGACCCUCAGUACAAGCCCAGUUUUCGUCGAACAAACUGGUUUGAGCCUGUGGGCUUCGAGCAUGAACAGGUUAUGCAAAGAGUCGGGGUGAUUGACCUGUCGCCCUUUGGCAAGUUUAACAUCAAAGGCCAAGACUCCGUGAAACUGUUGGACUAUCUGUGUGCAAAUGUCAUUCCAAAGGUGGGUUUCACAAAUAUAAGUCACAUGUUAACGCCAAAAGGCCGAGUGUACGCUGAGCUGACUGUUUCCCACCAGUCUCCAGGGGAGUUCCUGUUAAUAACAGGCUCUGGAUCUGAACUUCAUGAUCUUAGAUGGAUUGAAGAAGAAGCAGUGAAAGGUGGAUACGAUGUUGAAAUUAAAAACAUAACCGACGAGCUUGGCGUCCUUGGAGUCGCAGGGCCACUUGCAAGAAAGGUCCUUCAGAAACUCACCUCUGAAGAUCUCAGUGAUGGCGUUUUCAAGUUUCUUCAAACCAAGUCCUUAAAGGUUUCCCACAUUCCCGUCACUGCCAUUCGGAUCUCUUACACGGGUGAGUUGGGCUGGGAGCUGUACCACAGGCGAGAAGACGCUGCCGCGCUUUAUGACGCUCUCAUGAAGGCAGGCCAGGAGGAGGGAAUCGACAAUUUCGGAACCUAUGCCAUGAAUGCCUUAAGACUGGAGAAAGCUUUCCGAGCCUGGGGGUCAGAGAUGAACUGUGAUACAAAUCCCUUGGAAGCUGGACUGGAGUAUUUCAUAAAGUUAAAUAAGCCAGCAGACUUCAUAGGGAAGCAAGCACUGAAACAGAUUAAAGCCAAGGGGCUGAAACGGAGACUGGUCUGCCUCACCUUGGCAACCGAUGAUGUCGAUCCGGAGGGAAAUGAGAGCAUCUGGUAUAACGGCAAGGUGGUUGGCAACACGACGUCUGGAAGCUACAGUUACAGCAUCCAGAAGAGUCUGGCUUUCGCAUAUGUCCCUAUAGAGCUAAGUCAAGUGGGACAGCAAGUGGAAGUUGAACUGUUAGGCAAGAAGUACCCAGCUGUGGUCAUACAAGAGCCCUUGUUAUUGACAGAACCAACCAGAAAUCAACUUCAGAAAAAAGGUGGAAAGGGCAAAAUCUGAAGAAGACAUUCAACACGCGGAUGAAUUAUACUUGCUCUAUGCCUGUUAUUUGAAAUCAUUAUUGAUUGUUCACAGAAGGAUAAGAGGAAACCCAGGCCUCAUUUCAGCAUCAUCAAAAUUUAGACUUGGAAUCUUCAUAAAGCGUUUCUCUUACGUGCUUGCUUAUAAGCAAGAUAGAAUAUAUUACAAGACUGAAUCAGUAAUUUACAUUGUUCUUUCAAAUGAAGAAACUUUGAAAUGAAUGCUUUUACUAUCACGUUAUUGUUUAUGAGACUCAAUCAGCAAAAUAUUUAGACAUUUGCUAAUGCACAAUGAUUAUUAUAACUGAAUCAAAGACAAGGCACAAUUAGGGGAAUAUAUGCAAAUGGUUCUUGGUGGCUAAAAACAAAUGAUAUGUUACAUAAAAACAUAUAUAACACCAUGGACUUACGUACAAAGAUUGGAUUUACUUCAUGUAGAGAUAUUUUCUUAGAGGCAUAAGUCAUCAUUUUAAUGCUUCAUAUCUAUGAUGAAAAUAGUACAAUUUAAUCUUGGUAUAUAAAUCACGUUGAUUGAA